AUAGCCGGGGUGGAGGAGGAAGAAGAGGUGGAGGAGAGCCGAAGGCUAGAGCCCGAGGCCAGAGAGGGUCCCUCCCGCCGGGCCGGGCAUCCCCGCUAGCCCGCCCCUGCCCCCGCCCCCUCCCCGCCCGCGGCUCCUCCUCGCUUCGCCAUGGUGGAGCAGGGAGACGAGGCGCCUCUGCUGCGCUGGGCCGAGGGCCCAGCCGUAUCCUUGCCGCAGGCCCCCGAGCUCCAGGCCAGCGGCCGGGGCUGGGGCGCUGGGGGCGGCGGCGGGGGGCUGGGAAGCGGGCCUGCAUCCGGGGCCCGGCGGGCAGCGGAGCCCGGGAAGAAGAAGGAGGAGGAGGAAGAAGAGGAAGAAGAAGAAGAGGCGGAGUUCGGUCCGGGGGAACUGCUGCGGCGGCAGUCGGGGCGCCUGCCUCUGGAGGAGGAGGAGGACCAAGUGGUGGCCGUGUUCGUGGUCACUUUCGAUCCCCGCACGGGUAACAUGCUGGAAUGGUGUCUGCCCCAAGAUAUUGAUCUGGAAGGAGUUGAAUUCAAAUCCAUGGCCAGUGGAUCCCAUAAAAUUCAGUCUGACUUUAUCUAUUUCCGAAAAGGACAUUUCUUUGGCCUUGCCUGUUUCGCUAAUAUGCCUGUGGAGAGUGAAUUGGAGCGAGGAGCACGUAUGAAAUCUGUGGGCAUUCUCUCACCUUCUUACACCCUCCUUUACAGAUAUAUGCACUUCCUAGAGAAUCAAGUCCGACACCAGCUGGAGAUGCCGGGACAUUAUUCCCAUCUGGCUGCCUUCUAUGAGGACAAAAAAGGUGUGCUUCAUGCUGGGCAGGGAAAACCCAACUCUGUGCACCCUGUACACUGGCUGCCCUCCAUCCAUCGAUAUAUGUAUCCAGAGAUGAAGAUCACACACCCGGCUGGCUGUAUGUCCCAGUUUAUUAAAUUCUUUGGGGAGCAGAUCCUCAUCCUUUGGAAGUUUGCUUUGCUUCGAAAACGUAUUUUGAUAUUCUCUCCUCCACCUGUAGGAGUUGUGUGCUACAGAGUAUAUUGCUGCUGCUGCCUGGCCAAUGUCUCUCUGCCGGGCAUAGGAGGAACAAUUCCUGAAUCCAAACCCUUUUUUUAUGUGAACGUGGCAGAUAUUGAGAGCCUAGAGAUAGAAGUGUCUUACGUGGCAUGUACAACAGAGAAGAUUUUUGAAGAGAAACACGACUUGUAUGAUGUUUAUGUGGACAACCAGAAUGUGAAGACACACCACGAACACCUGCAGCCGCUGCUUAAGCUCAACAGUGCUGAUAAAGAAAAAUACCGGAGGCUUAACGAGCAGAGGCAGAUGUUGCUGUACUCUCAGGAGGUGGGCGAGGACUGCAACCCAUGUGAAGAAGACCUCUUUGUUCUGUUUUUUCUGGAGCAGAACAAUAGGAUAUUCCAGACUUUGCUGGAGGUCUCCGCAAGCCAAGACAAGACCCUGACAGCAGAGCAUGCCCGCGGUAUGGGCCUGGAUCCCCAAGGGGACCGAAGCUUUCUUAUGGACCUGCUGGAAGCAUAUGGCAUUGAUGUGAUGCUAGUCAUUGAUAAUCCUUGCUGCCCAUAGAGAGGGUAUGAUUCCCUCAUUUGAAGAGAAGCGUCCCUGGAGUUCAUCCCACUGGUUCCCAAAGGAUUCCAUUUUUAUUUAACAAGUUUAUAAGAAAGGAUAUUAUUUAUACUUUCCAACAAAUGUAAUUUUUACAUUUUCCUUUUUUCCUUUUCUCUAUUCCCCAAAUUGAACGACCUUGGUUUUGUAUUCUGGCUCUGAAAGAACUUUCACCCCAAAGCUGCUCUGGUUUUGGGCCUGGUCUGAUCUUGGGAAGGGAGAGAGAAAGGUGAUUUCUUAAGAUCUUCUAGAGUAACUCAGGGAUGAAGUUGAAAGGAAGAUCAGUUACCAGGAUAGGUUAUGGGAGGUCUGCUUUUCUAAAACAUUGGAAUAGACUUUGGGAAGGUCAAAGAAUUUCUUUUAACUGGUUGUGUUAAAGCGAAGACAACCAUCUGUCCAGAUGCCCAAAGGCAAGGGACCAGAUACCCUCUCUAAGUCUCUAGAUACAUUUUAGGACUUUGAUCCUCUGAUCUCAUCAUGAUUUCCUGUUUGGAAGUGACUGUAGGGUAGGACACAAGUAUGCUUCUCAAUCUUAAGUACUACUGUAAACUGGCAUGAAUGUCACCGUAAAAUUGGCAAAACUUGAAUGAAGCCCUGAAACCUUUCUAGGGAUGCUAUAAGGCCAUUCAUUCCCCUUUCUCUCUGUUCUUUAUUCUAUAUAGCUCAGGCUGUAGAGUUUAAAUGGGGGCAAGACUUGACUACCAUGCCCAUUGUCAAAAAUGUUCCUACCAUUUAAUUUCCAUUCAGGGCUAUCUAUAACUGGGUUUAAAAAGCAAGUUUUAUAACAGACAAGUGGUAUGUAACUAAGGAUAAACUUUUCAAAAGGUUAUAGCAGACCUUCUGUGACAGAAUCUAGUAUUUGGGCUGAUUAGCUCAGUUGGUCAGAGUAUUACAUUAAACAAAGCUGAGGAAAUGGAUGUGAUCUCUUUUAAAAGUCCUCUUUAUUUUUAACAUGAAGGGCCAUUUAUGGCAUUCUUGAUUCUUGCAAUUGAAGCUGGGGACAGAGAAGUUUAAUUUAUUCCCUUCCUAGAUAGGAAGGAAUCUCAACAGUGCCUUCUCUCAGGGUGUAGUGGUCAAGAAACCACUGAACAUGAGUUACAGAAGCAUCCAAGUUCCCACAAAACUUUGUCUGGAUGUUUUUCAUAGCCAUGUUCUAAGUAGUGAGUGACUGCCCUCCUGUUAACUUGGAGGAAGAAGGGAGGGAAUUGUUAAGUUAGCUGCAGUUAGCAGCCUGCUCCUGUGAGCUACAAUGAGACCUUUCACUAUGUAGGCCCAUAGGAGUGGUGAUAUAGAAAUUAUUCUUUCUAUUGGGUCUUCAGUUUGUCUCAUCACCCGGGCUCUUAGUGGAAAGUGCUUUCUCCCUUUUCCUUCUCUCGUUAUGCUAUUUAAAAAUAGAUAUAUAUGCCUGUGCUCACCAGGUGAAUUGCCCAUAGUUGAGAAAAACAGUGAGGAAAUAAUGAAUUGUAUUUUUUACCAUCAUGGUUGACAAAAGCUUCUGUUUUCUUUAGAAGUGUUUACUCAGCCUGGCUAUUAGGAUGUGAAAUAAUAAGUACUGUGAAAUGUAGAUAUACUUGAUGGUAAUACAAACACAUUCUCCAUUUUUAGGGCAUAACGUUUUUUAGUAAACAAAUAAGUAUGGACUUUUAAGUAUUGCCAGUAGACUUAAUCAAUUUUGUUGGGGACAGUAGCCAGCAUUCCAGUGAUAGAAAUAUUUAUAAAGAAAAAAAAAAUCGAAUUUCCUCUUUGGAACAUCCUGGGCCUUCUUUUUUGCCACUAUUACUCCGCUGUCUCUAACAUGCUCCCCCAUUCAUAGGAUCUGAAGCUUAAAAAGAUCUUUAGGAAUAUAUAUUCAUCCUGAGAUGCAAUCCAGUCCCUUUUGUCAUUAUUCACUAAUUUUUUCUUAUACCAGCAGGUAAAGUUUUUCCCCUCUAAUCCCUUCAGUGUAAAAGUACCCAGGCCUAAUCAUCAUUAUCAAUUCCCUUAGAGCAGACUGGAAAUCAAGGGCCUCAUGGUGGAAAGGAACUCACUUAGGUACACAGGAUGUCAGAACUACUUAAGAGGCAUUAGCCAGCACAAGCCAUGGCUGUGGACUUUUUGUUUUAAAGUCUAAGCUUAUGUUGCAAAAAGCAUUAGUGUUAGGUAGUGCUAUAUGGAAAGGAGACAGGAUUAAAUUUUACAUGAGCUUUCUGAUCUUGUUACACUGAAGCAUUCCUUCUCUCUAGUGGGUGAUUGUUGUUUUGCAAUACUGGACCAGGGGUUUUGUACCCUACUGAGCCAUAGUAAACAGUCACUGACUUGAAAUAGAAAAUAUUUUGCUCUCAUAGGGCAUCGGCCAUCAAAGCAUCAUAGAUGUUUUUUAUUCCCAUUUUGGGGGAAGGGAAGAAGGGAAGCAGGUUAGAGAUUAAAAGGAAUGAGGAAUUUGCCUGGGUAGAAUCUGUGGCACUUAUUUGCAUAUGUAAUUUACUGUUCUUCCCUUUGUUAAAAUAAAGCAAAAUUUGGGACCAAAAUAUGUUUAAAAAAAAAAAAAAACUAGUGUGAAAAUCCCCAUACCAAAACAUCUAUUGAUCCACUGCAUUUUAACCUGAGCAGUGGAAGGAUGAAGAGAAAUUUAAAACUUUACCGCCGCCUUGUUCUUAGUAGAACAAGCUUAACAGAAGCUAUAGAAAUUGAAGAUGUUAAUAUUUUGAACAAACUAGAAAAAUCCUUUAAAACAGAACCAUGAGAUUGUCUUUAAAGUAUUCUUGUGGGAGAACCUCCUGUGAAGAACAACAACUAAAUUGAGCCUUUUAAUGCAGUGAUGCUCCAAGAUAAGGUUAAAAAUUUACACUGUAGUAGGUACAAGUUACAGAUGUCAGAAGUCUUGCCCAAUUCCAACAGAUAAAUAGCUCAUGCCUGUAAGAACUUAAGGGCAUGAAGAAUCAAUGUUCUUGCCCAAUUCCAACAGAUAAAUAGCUCAUGCCUGUAAGAACUUAAGGGCAAGAAGAAUCAAUGUUCUCCUAAGGUCUGAUGCUUGAUAGCAGCAAAAGAAAAAAAAAAAAAAAACGAAAAAAAAAAACUGGGUAGACCCAAGGAUGUAGAUCAUUAGUAUCUUAUCACUAAGAUCUGUCUUUGCACUUGACUGAUGAGAUCAAGAAUCCCUUGAUUUGGGUGGCAAAAGCUACAGCUUCCCCAUUCCCUGCCCUGAACUAUGACUACAGAGAGUAGCCCCCUAACUUUUGUAGUCCCUAUUCAUCUUUUAUGAUGAUCUGUAGGACUUUUUCGUAUUAAAAAUGGAUGCUACCACAGUUUGACUUGACUGACAGAAAGUUGAAAGGGAAUGAAGUCCUUGUUUUUUAGCAUGUCCUUAAAAGCUGUCAUUAGAAAUCUUAUCUUGAUUACUAAUUGGUCUAUACUCUAAAGAGCUGUAGAAGAUUACUGAGUAUGGUUAGAAAAUCCUGCAAAUUGAUCUUUUUUCCUUAUAAAAAAGGAAGAGUUAUUUAGUUGCUUACUGAUAGAAAAAUAUUUCAAAAUUAUAAUGCAAUGCUGGAAAAAGACAAUUACAUUAUAUUAAGGAGACCUAGCCUAAAAAGCCACAGAAAUAUGAUUUAGACAUCUUGGCAGAGGGAUGGGAGUUGUCAUUAAAUAUAAAUAUUGUCUUCUCAGGAAAUAAGGUUUAGUUAUUCCUGAAGGAGACAUGUUAGUUAAACCAAAUGCAAAAAAAUCUAUUUUCUUAGAAAGUAGUAAAGCUGCAUAUUUCUGAUCAGUCAGCCCCUAUUAAUAAACUGCUCCCUGGGGAGGAUACAAUAUUGAAAAAAUGGUAUCAUAUUUUUGCUCUGAUGGAAGAAAAGAAGAGGAGCACAGGAGAGGGAGAACCAAAAAAAUCCUACCAAAAUUAGGUUUAUUCUCUUCAUUUAGAUUACUCUUUGGUCAUCCUAGAAAUGUUAAAUUUGAAAAAAAACAACUGAUAUAUCUGAAUAUAAUCUGAUUCUUCUUGCCAUUUGAUGAGUGCAGCCUCCUGAACACCUUCAAGAUGGAAAGCACAUCGAAUUAUUAAUGUCACGGUUCUUUAACCUAUGCUAGCAAUAACAAAAGCCUGAAGUCUUCUCCCUCUCUCCCCUUCUCCAAAAUCCCUUUUCCCUGAAAGGUCUUUACCUACUGCAUAUGAAACCAUGAAAUCAGUAGGGUGACUACUACUCCAGUGACAGUGCUUGCAAACCUACUAACCCCUUAGAUGUUACAAUUCCAAAGGCCCAAGGAAGGAUUAAUCCUAAUAAGACAAAAAUGGCACUUGAAUUUGUUCUGUUGUACAAAUGGUUGCUGUAUAGUUUUUAUCAUAUUUGUAUAGAUCCAAGUCAAAUGGGCUACAGAGGUUGAUAUGACCAUAGUUACAGAAAAUAGUUUUUACAAUUAAAGUUCACAUUUUAACAUGAACACAUGGAUUGUAAUCACUCUGUGGCUGUUACAUUCCACUCCCUUUGACUGUGCAGAGCCUUUUGGCUGAUGCUGAGGAGCUUGCCUCUGCCUGGGCCCAUGUUGGGUCGUGAAGCUCGUCUGGACUAUAUCACCAUGCUUGUACCCAGGUGAUGCCUGAAAGAUUGCUGCUCCUAGAGGUGCACCAUUCUCUUGGAACAGCCGCCAUCCUUGAGAGUUCAAGAAGAGAGAUUAAAUUUACAAGUUCAUUCAGAAGAGAAAGAUUCACUAUCUCACUUCAGUUGAAUGUUCUAUCUCCAUGAAUAAGGAAUGCAAGUAAGACCAAACACCUAUUCCACAGGCAGAUACGGAAACUGUGACUCUGUUGGUAUAAGAAACUUCCUUUGCCAAUGCCUAUCAAGAUUUCUGUAACUUAUUUUGUGGCUUCUUAAUUUGAGGUUAACAAAUCAUAUUUCAGAGGAUAGUGAACUUAGAUGGAAUAAAAAACCCAAUCUCCUUAUUUUCACUAUAAUUGAAAUUGAGUCUUUUCAAUUAUGAAUACAGGCAAGUAACCACGGUAUUACUUCACUAGAAUACCAAAGGGAUGCAUUACAUAAAAAGAGUGAAGAAUCCCUGUCUUGAUGUUUACCUGUAGCAGUAUCAAAUAUGCUGCACCAGAUAAAAAUGUAAUUUGGGAAAUAGUUAAUGAAAUAAAUAAAAAUACAAUAGAACACAUGAUGUUAAUAUGUAUUUUGUAAAGUCUAAAUGCAAAUUACAGAGAUUCUCAUGUAUAAUAUAAUGAUCUAGUUUCUAUUUGAGUUUGACAACACUGGCAUCCAGUACUGAAAAAUUAAGUCAUUCAUCCAGGGUCACAGAGCCUAUCAUUUGUUAAAAAGUUUAUUCUAAUGUAAUAAUCCAUUUUCUAAAAUUGGUAAAUGAUAAAAGAUUAGAUUUUAUUUCAUGUAAUUUGUUUUUUCUUUUGAAUAGGGGACAGUGUUGUGCCCUGAGACCAUUUACUAUUAUAAACAACUUUGGAAUAAAUAAAAAAGCCAUUCUGUUG